UGUGUGUACCACAAACUGAAAUAGAAGAAUGGGUGGGUGUAGAUGAUACAGGAAAGGGAGACAAACACUCAGACAGUAAAUUAACUUGCGAGCAGCAGUAGGUUUCUUCAGUUUGUCUGGUUUAUUGGAGAAAAUGGAGUUCGGACUGGUCAUUUUGUUGUGUUUCUGGGCAGCUGUUGCCAACGCUAAAGUAGAAGAAGAAGAGCUGAAACUGGAGGCGGAUGAGCCGUUUCAGCGUGUGGCCGUCGACCAUAAAGCUACAGUCCGCUGCUGCUACCGUUGGAAGGAGAGCCCCGGCGUCAUCUGGAUCAUGAAUGUUCAAACCAUCAAUGGCACCACACUGCCCAGAUUAGUAAAUCAGUCCGAGAAUGUGACACCCAUGCCAAUGGAUGAAACCAAUGGAGUCAAAUGCCAUUCGCUGGUUUUCAAGAGCCUCCAACUCAAUGAUACCGGCCUUUACCAGUGUAAAUUGAAUCUUGGCUCACUUCACGCCUUUACCCAUGGUACCUUCCUUCAAGCGUACAAACCUUUGCAGAAGACCUUGGACCUCAGUGAGAGUGUGAAGAACAGCAUCAUUACAGCAGAAGGGGUGUUGCUGCUGCUGUGUGUUUUGGUCCCUGGCACUAUGCUGCUCUGUAAGUCAAAGACGUUGAAUGAACUGAACAAGAAGAAAGGACGGGAGGAGGAGAAUAUCUAUGAGGGUCUAAACCUGGAUGACUGCAACUCAGCUUACCAUCAAAUUCAACGCUCCAAUCAGCAAGGCCCUUAUCAGGAUGUGGCCAUCUGUGGAGAAGACAUUCAGUUAGAGAAGCCCUAGCUGGAUCUGAAGAAACAGGGAAAGGGAC